AUGGACAAAAAGACAUACAAGUCCGCUUACGCCACCACCCAAUGCGGUAAUUCGUCCUCCUCGGCAAAUCUCUCCACCAGCCAGUCAAUAGCCAGCGAUGCUCGCGACAAGUUUGGUGACACGAUUGGAGGCCUUGGGAGCGCCAUCGCAUUCGACAAGAAGUCGUGGAAGUACAAAAACGGAGCCUAUCAAGGCCUAGUCUGGGGCUUGCCUGACCGUGGCUGGAACACCCAGGGGACCCAAAACACGCAGACAAGAAUUCACAAGUUCAGCGCCAGCUUCACGCCAGUCAAAGCUACGCUAGCAGACCCAGCGAGUCCCAACCUCCAGCUUUCCUACCUCGACACUCUGCUGCUUACUGGUCCUGAUGGCACACCCCUCACUGGCCUUGACCCUACUGAUACCAUCACAUACCCGGGAUUCCCUGACCUUCCACUGGCAACAUAUGUCGGUAAUGGCUUUGGCCAAAACGGUACUGGUGGUGCUCGUGUCGCUCUCGACACCGAGGGCUUGGUCCUUGGAGAUGAUGGGACUUUUUGGAUCAGUGACGAGUAUGCUGCGUAUAUUUACCAGUUCGACUCUAAUGGCAAGAUGACCAAGGCUGUUCGUACGCCAGAUGCCUUCAUUCCCCGUCGCAACGGUGCCGACAGCUUCAGCGCUGAUUCCCCGCCCAUCUACGACCCAGACUUUGAGAUCACACCCAAAGAUCCUACCAGUGGUCGUGGCAACAAUCAGGGUCUAGAAGCCCUGACGGCCAGCCCAGAUGGCAAGUACCUGUACACGAUGCUCCAAAGUGCCACCAUACAGGAUGGUGGAAGCUCUUCCAAGAAACGUCGCAACACCCGUCUUCUCAAGUACCGUGUCAAGGACGAAAAGACGACUCUAGAGGCCGAUUAUGUUGUCCAACUUCCCGUCCUCUCCACAGGGCGCGUCGCUAGCCAGUCAGAGAUGCACUACAUUUCAGAAACUCAAUUCUUGGUUCUCGCCCGCGACUCCAACGCUGGCCAAGGAGCAGAGAAAACAGAGUCCAUCUACCGCAAUGCCGAUGUAAUUGACAUUUCCAAUGCUACAAAUGUUUUUGGGACGGCUGCCGACAGCUUUGGUGGACAGAUUGCUAGCAAGGAUGGCGUAUUGAAGAGUGGUAUUGUCCCCGUCACUUACUGCCCAUGGCUAUCCUACAACAACAACAAUGAGCUCGGCAAAUUUGGUCUUCACAACGGCGGUGAGCAAGACUCGAAAUUGCUCAACGAGAAAUGGGAGAGCUUCGCCAUGCUGCCUGUCGAUAAGGACGACAAGAUAGGUUGGAGCGACAGGCAGAAUGAGGAUGAAGGAAAACAGUACUACCUUGUUUCCUUUUCAGACAACGACUUUAUCACGCAGAAUGGUUACAUUAACUUCGGCCAGAACAAGUAUGUGGAUGCAAGCGGUAAUAAUAUAGACACACAGGUUCUCGUUUUUAAGGCCAACAUACCCAAAGGGGCAAACCCUCUGUAA